AACUUCAUCGUAGUCACAUCAGACUCAGCCAACAAGUCAAGAUGAAGUUUCUCCUCCUGGCCAGCUUUGUACUCUUCUGCACUGCUUCCACAGUGUACAGAUCCAGAAACAUCUCCGUCAACGACGAUGGCAACAUCGUGAUCACCUCGCCAACCGGUCGCCGCGUGGUCAUCUCGAGAGAACUUGGACCCAGUGGACAGAAGAACAUCGACAUCGCCAUCUCCGGCCCCAACAUCCCGACCAAGAGGAUCCAAGUCAACGACAACAAUCUUGAAGAGGGCGUAAUUGGAGGUAACCCACAAUGGUCGUCGCUUGACAGUUUGGGCGAAGAGUCCAGGCUGAAGAGAGGAUCGUUCAAGGGGAAGAGCCAAGGAGACGUUCUUUCCGAGAUCCUGAAGGAAUACCAAGGGGUCGUUGACGAAACCCAGUACGAGAAACUUCUGACCAGGAUCAACAAAGCUGUGAGGAAGGGUGAAAUCAGUCCCCAGGUUUACGAUUUAUUGGAAGGGCUUGAACAACAACAGUAUGGGCAGCAGUUGGUUCAAGGACAGUAUGGUCAACAGUACGUUCAAGGGCAAUAUGGGUAUGGUCCUCGUUAUGGUGGGUAUGCGUACUCUGCUGGUUUCCCGCAAGGACAGUACCAGGGCUACCAAGGUCCAAUUGCUUCCUACUUGUAUGGUCAAUAUUUGGGUUACACUCCCAACGUCAGCCCCUUCUUGCAGUGGAUUUUGCCCUACACCCAAGGCAGCUACUAUGGCUUGUUGGCUAACCAGCAGUUGAACGGUGGAGUGCAGUCGUUUUUGAACAGAUUGGGCUACCAGGGUGUGUCUAGUGGUGUCGGAAACAGCGCUCUUUUGAGACAAAUCCUGGGUUAUCAACAGACUCCUUAUGGCCAAAGCCAGUCCGGAGUUCCCUAUGGUGUUCAACAAACCAUUGCACAACUCAGUGGCUACCCACAAAUCGAGCAAUACAACGAUGUCGAGCAAACAAUUCAACAAUUAGCUCAAGUACAACAACAACUGCAACAACAACAACAGAUCACCCAACAAUACCUCGUCCAACAGGCAAUCGAACUGCUCGUUCAAGUACAACAGCAACAACAACAAGUCGGUCAAUCAACCGGAGUUCAACAAACAGUGGAGGCCAUUCAGAUCUUGAACCAAGUUCAACAACAAGUCCAACAACAACAAUGGGUCGGACUUUUGCCCAGAAUCCAACAAGCUAUUCAGAUUAUUGAACAGCUGUACGAACUCCAGCAACAACUUCCCCAACAAGCUCAAAUCGGUCAACUUACUGAACUCCGUCAGGUGAUUCAGUCCGUGUACGAAAUCCAGCAGCUGCAACAACAACAACAGCAAAUCGCUCAGUUCGUGCAACAGUUGAUUCAGAUUCAACAGCAACAAGGCGUCGGCCAGCUCACCGGAUUGGGUCAACCUUUGUCCCAGUUGUACCAACAACAGCAACAAAUCGCUCAGCUCAUCGCUCAGGUGAAUCAAAUCCAGCAGCAACAGCAAGGAUACGGACAACUGGUAGGCUUCCGCCAGCCCCUUGUACAGUUGUACGGACAACAACAACAGCAAAUCGCUCAACUCAUUGAACAGUUGAACCAGAUCCAGCAACAACAAGGAAUUGGAGGAGUUGUGGGUUUAACCACCGUGCAACCACAGCAACCAAUUGCCCAACUUGCCCAGCAGUUGAUCCAAGGCCAACAACAACAGCAAGGUAUUGGAGGAGUUGUAGGCUUGACCACUGUGCAGCCAGUUGGACAGCAGCAGUUGUUGAAUCAGAUUCAGCAACAGCAGUUGAACCAGAUUCAGCAGCAGCAGCCAAUUGCCCAACUUGUUCAGCAGUUGGCCCAAGGUCAACAGCAAGGAAUUGGAGGAGUUGUGGGUUUAGGUUAUGUACAGCAGCCGGUCGGGCAGUACAGAAGUGUUCCUUUGACUCUGCAGCAGCUGAUUGGAGUUCCACAAAGCAGACUUGGAGGUUACCAGCCAACAUACAGAGGUUAUGGACAAGGUUACCGCACUGUUCAGCCUGCUUACGUUCAAGGGGGUUACCUCAACACUGUUCCACAAGUACAAGUUGUAUAUUGACCUGUAGGAAUUUAUGUUUGAUCUGUAAUGUGAAAUGGUUUUUAUAAUGUAAAAAAAAGGCAUUGGUUUUGGGAAUAAACGAGUGAAUAGUAUAA